ACCCCCCACCCACAGAGGAAUCAAACAUUCUGGCGCACAACUCACAAACAAAACUCUCUCUGCGGUUUCGCCGACCUCCCCUUCCUUCCUCACAAACCCUAAUUUUUCUUCCUUGUCCCCUCUCUGAAAUCCGAUUCAUAUCAGCUUUUCCCUUUUUCUUCUCAGCACACCCUGCUUUUUCCUCCACUCACCCGCCCGCUCUCGUCGUCUCCCACGCCGAUUAAAGGUUUGAUGGACUUAAACAAUUCGAGUGGUGGAGUGGAUGUUGAAGUGAUGGAUAAUCUGAAGGAGCCUCUGUUGAAGCCUUUGGAUAUUGAUAACAAAGAUAAAAGAAUUAGAACAGUGAAGUUUAAAAUAGGGGAUAUCGAGUGUGCAUCUUGUGCAACUACCAUUGAAUCUGUGUUGGGAAAGCUUGAUGGGAUCAAGAGUGCAACAGUGUCGCCCAUUGAAGGCCAAGCUGCAGUCAAUUAUAUACCAGUGCUCAUUAAUGCAAGAAAAAUUAAGGAAGCUGUAGAAGACGCUGGUUUCCCUGUUUCUGAAUUUCCAGAACAAGAUGUAGCAGUAUGCCGACUGAGGAUAAAAGGAAUGGCAUGCACCAGCUGCUCCGAGUCUGUUGAGUGCGCUCUUCGAAUGGUCGAUGGAGUGAAAAAUGCAGUUGUUGGUCUAGCCCUUGAAGAAGCAAAGGUUCACUUUGAUCCCAACCUCACUGAUACUAGUUGCAUUAUUCAAGCAAUUGAAGAUGCUGGCUUUGGGGCUGAACUGAUUAGUUCUGGGAAUGAUGUCAGCAAACUUCAUCUAAAACUUGAAGGAAUUGAUUCUCCAGAGGAUAUGACUAUUGUCCAAUCCUCCGUUGAAUCAGUUGGAGGAGUAAGUAAUGUUGAAGUCAACUUGGCAGAGAAGAAGGUGACUAUUACCUAUGAUUCAGACCUCACAGGUCCAAGAUCUCUUAUACGUUGUAUUGAAGAAGCUGGCCGUGAAUCCAAGGUGUACCAGGCAAGCUUGUAUGUUCCUCCAAGACCAAGAGAAGCUGAGCGGAAACAUGAGAUUCAGAUGUACAGGAACCAGUUUUUCCUUAGCUGCCUAUUUUCGGUUCCUAUAUUUUUAUUCUCAAUGGUGCUUCCGAUGCUUCCUCCUUAUGGAAACUGGUUAGACUACAAGGUUCACAAUAUGCUCACAGUAGGGAUGCUUUUAAGAUGGAUUCUUUGCACACCAGUGCAGUUCAUUGUUGGCCGGAGGUUCUAUGUUGGAUCAUAUCAUGCAUUGAGACGUAGAUCAGCUAAUAUGGAUGUUCUUGUUGCACUGGGCACCAAUGUUGCUUAUUUUUACUCUGUCUAUAUUGCAAUAAAAGCAUUUGCUUUGGAUAAAUUUGAAGGGCAAGAUUUCUUUGAAACUAGUUCUAUGUUGAUAUCCUUUAUACUCUUGGGAAAGUACUUAGAAGUUCUGGCUAAAGGGAAGACAUCUGAUGCUUUGGCGAAGCUGACAGACCUUGCUCCUGAUACGGCUUUUCUGUUGUCAUUAGAUGACGAUGACAAUGUUAUCUCAGAGAUCGAAAUCAGCACUCAACUUAUUCAAAAAAAUGAUAUACUUAAGGUUGCUCCGGGGGCAAAAGUUCCUGUUGAUGGGAUUGUAGUUCGUGGUCACAGCUAUGUGAAUGAGAGUAUGAUCACAGGAGAGGCAACACCCAUUUCUAAAAAACUUGGUGACAAGGUAAUUGGUGGCACUAUGAAUGAGAAUGGAUGCUUACUGGUGAAGGCAACUCAUGUUGGUUCGGAGACUGCACUUUCCCAAAUAGUUCAACUUGUUGAAGCUGCACAGCUUGCCAGAGCACCUGUUCAGAAACUAGCUGACCAGAUUUCAAAGUUUUUUGUUCCAACAGUUGUUAUUGUAGCAUUUUUGACAUGGCUUGGAUGGUUCAUCCCUGGAGAAUUUGGUCUUUUCCCGGAAAACUGGAUACCAAAAGGCAUGGAUAAAUUUGAGCUGGCAUUACAAUUCGGUAUCUCAGUAUUAGUAGUUGCUUGCCCUUGUGCCUUGGGACUAGCAACCCCUACAGCAGUAAUGGUUGCAACAGGGAAGGGUGCUUCGCAAGGUGUUCUUAUCAAGGGUGGAAAUGCACUCGAAAAGGCUCAUAAGGUGAAAACAGUUGUCUUUGAUAAAACUGGGACUCUGACAGUUGGGAAACCCGUGGUAGUCAAUGCAGUGCUCUUCUCCAGUUACUCAAUGGAGGAGUUUGUGCUGUCUAUUGCCACAGAGGCAAAUAGUGAACACCCAAUAGCGAAAUCGGUGGUGGAGCAUGCUAAGAGGCUGCUAAAGACGUUUGGAUCAACUGAACAUGUAAUGGAGGCUAAGGAUUUUGAGGUGCACACAGGAGCUGGCGUUAGUGGAAGAGUUGGUGAAAAAAUGGUUUUGGUUGGGAACAAGAGACUCAUGCGGCAUAAUAAUGUCCAGGUUGGUCCUGAGGUUGAGAAAUAUGUUUCGGAACAUGAGAAUCUGGCUCGAACAUGUGUGUUGGUUGCCAUUGAUGGAAAGAUUGCGGGGUCUUUUGCUGUAACUGAUCCAGUGAAGCCAGAGGCUGCGCGGGUCAUCUCUUAUCUUCACUCGAUGAACAUUACCAGCAUCAUGGUUACUGGUGAUAACUGGGCUACAGCAGCAGCCAUCGCAAAGGAGGUUGGCAUUAAUAAGGUGUAUGCUGAGACGGAUCCACUGGGAAAAGCUGAUAGAAUCAAAGAAUUGCAGAUGAAAGGAAUGGCGGUGGCAAUGGUGGGAGAUGGAAUCAAUGACUCUCCAGCUUUGGUUGCAGCAGAUGUUGGCAUGGCAAUUGGUGCUGGCACCGACGUAGCUAUAGAAGCCGCUGAUAUAGUUCUGAUGAAGAGCAACUUGGAAGAUGUAGUUACAGCCAUAGAUCUCUCCAGAAAAACUAUGUCACGAAUUCGAUUGAAUUAUGUCUGGGCCCUGGGCUACAAUAUCCUCGGCAUGCCAGUCGCAGCUGGAGUCUUGUUCCCUUUCACUGGAAUUCGACUACCACCAUGGCUUGCCGGUGCAUGUAUGGCUGCUUCAUCUCUCAGCGUGGUAUGUUCUUCUCUCUUGUUGCAGUCAUAUAAGAAGCCCUUGCAUAUUCAGAGCGUCUCGAACGGCAAGUUUGCGUGACGGUGUACGUACGUCUGACUAGUUUUCAACCUCUGGUUGUUGCUUCCAUUCUUCGUUAUUGCAGCAAUGAAUUUGUACAUGCGAUCGUGAUUAAUAAUUAUCCGUAGAAAGUUCAACUAGAACUUUCAACUAGAACUUGGUUGUAUGUAAACGCUGUAAUAAACGCCGAUUUAGUCCCCGAAUUAUUCAAAGUAAAAAUUAGGUUGACUAUUUUUCUUAAACACUUUAAAAGCUGUUAAUUUCAUCUUUACUUUUAUA